GUGCAGAGAAAAAAGGUUAGGUGUCUGAUUAUUCGUUGGGUUUAAUGAACAAAGUGUUAUGAUCACUGCUGAACAUCUGUCUGUAUUAAAACAUAUACAACUUUCAAAGAUGAUGAGGAUCCCAUCACACACACACACACACACACACACACACACACACACACACACACACACACACACACACACACACACACACACACACACAGGCGCGCUGAUCUCCCGGCUCCCUGGUGCAGUGUCUGUGGCCGUGGGAUUUCCUGGAGUGCCGUCCUCGCUGUGAUUUCUUCCGGGUUCGUCUCUCUCGGUUUGUUUUGUUUGGGUGUAUCAGGCAGGGCAGCUCGGCAUGACAGAAACUCACACUCUGCGGCUGUAGUCACCGCUUUGUUGUUUUUUUUUUUUGUUUUUUUCCCCUACAACUUUUACGUGACGGCUCGGCUGAACAUAAAGAUGUGCUGCUAAGGCUCCACACGGCAGUUUAGCUCGGUGAAGCGGCUCCACCGUGAUUUCAUCCCGACCUGAGACACCUGUUGCGCCAGUUUCGACGGACAGGUGCCUCUAUUCUUUCGAGACAGGCAGCAGCUCCGGGUCGACAGACGCCCCGAAACUUGGACUUAUUCCCGAACUUCUGUCGAGAACGUUAGGACUAGCAGCUGGUGAUGAAAGUCACUGUGACUUUCGGGGACACCGCAGUGGUGGUUCCCUGUAAAGCUGACUGGACGGUCCGGGAUCUGAUCGAGCAAGCCACGCGGAGGCACCGCCGGAUAGUGGAGCAGCAUGGUGAGAGCGCAGUGAAGACCCACCACUUGGAGUACGUUGACGGAGGGAUCCUGGACGUGGACGACCUGCUGAGUGAUCUGGUGGAGGACAAGGACAAGCUGGUGGCUGUGUACGAUGAGGUCCAGCGUGGGAGGACGGACAGUCCCAGGGAGACCAUGUCCAACGGCUACUCCAGUGCCGCCCCCAGCCCAGAACCCUUCCACUACUUCCCCCACCUGCAGUACACUGAGCCAAUCAGAGGGGAGAUUGAAGUCAACGAGGCCAGCCUCAAAGCAAACACACCUCUGUUGGUGAGGAGCAGCAGCGACUCGGCUUUGGCGCCGUCCCACCCAACGACAGCCACGCCCCCACCUGAUGACCACAGCAACACUUCUUCUGAACAGGAAAUCAGCAAUGUACUGAGAGGAGCUUUGGACCGACUGCGCACAGACGACCCCCCUGCCAGUAUGAGCCGAGUUAACUUCAGCACCCUGACGAGGACCGUGGAAUUUCCAGGUGACUGGGGGCCCCUGGGUAUCCAUGUGGUCCCCUACUGCUCCUCUCUCAGCGGACGGGCCCUGGGCCUCCACAUUAAAGGCAUCGAGGAAAGCAGUCGCGCCAAGAGGGAGAAUCUCUUUGAGCAGGACGAGUGUAUCGUCCAAAUCAACGACACACCACUCCAGGACAAGACCUUUGCACAGUCACAGGAAGUGUUCCGCAAUGCCAUGACCAACUCUUCUGUGCGCCUGGAGGUCCUCCCCAUGGCCAACAAGCCACGCUACGAGAAGAGCCUGAUAGGCCAGCUUUUUACUGGCGAUGGCAAAGAGUCCCCUGCAAAAGGAAAGAGUCCGAUGGUGGUGCGGGCUAAAACCGACCUCCAGCCGGAACCCAAACAAGACACCAAACUGAACGCCAAGCGACCAGACACACGUGCCAAGACCCCAGAGACAUCUGUUGCCAACACGCCUCCACCAGCGGAGCUCCAGCCUGGGCAUGGUUCCCUGGAGAGGGUCUCUCCUGCACCGGCAGCUGGGGCGGCGAGAUCCUCCCCGACACCGAGGACCGGCAGCCAGAGCCCCCUGGCCAGCAAGAGCCCUGCGCUGCCCAGCUUGGCCAACCUUACCAGCAAGAAGGGCGGCAAGAGGAUAAAAAUUGACCUGAAGAAAGGCGCAGAGGGCCUGGGCUUCACUGUGGUGACCAGGGACUCCUCGGUCCACGGGCCAGGGCCAAUCCUGGUGAAGAAUAUCCUGCAGCGUGGCGCAGCAGUCAAAGAUGGCCGCCUGCAGCCUGGAGACUGCAUUCUGGAGGUGAACGGAGUAGACAUGACAGGCCGUAGCCAGGAGGAACUCGUGGCCAUGCUGCGCAGCACCAGGCAGGGAGAGAGUGUGUCUGUGGUGGUGGCACGGCAGGAGGACAUCUUCCUGCCUCGGGAACUGAAAGGUGAAGAGGCUGGCAGUCUGUUUUUGGAGGACGGCAGGGAGCAGCUGAUGUACGAGAUCCCCCUCAACGAAACGGGCUCGGCCGGCCUGGGGGUCAGCCUGAAGGGCAACAAGUCCAGGGAGACCGGGGAAGACCUGGGCAUCUUCAUCAAGUCCAUCAUCCACGGAGGGGCCGCGUACAAGGAUGGUCGCCUGAGUGUCAACGACCAGUUGAUAGCAGUGAACGGCGAGUCGCUGAUAGGACGCUCCAACCACGCUGCCAUGGAGACGCUGAGACGCUCCAUGUCGUCGGAGGGAAACUCCAGGGGCACCAUCCAGCUCGUCGUGCUCCGAGCACCCAGACAGAUGAGCAGCCCCGACCUUGCACCGAGCGCAGCUACAAAUGGAUCCGCCGCCUAUCAACCCAACGCCCAAUCGGGCUCCAGCAAUCAGGAGCCUCAGGGCCACAAUGCAUACCAGGGGCCUUCAGGACCUCCAAGACCUCUGAACACGGAGCCCACCGUGAAUGGUGUCAGUCACACUCCAGCGGCGGCCAACAGCUACGCAUCUGGCAACUCUAGAAGUGCUCCUCCUGACAACGGAGGCUAUGGACGCUACGGCAACGAAGAAGAGGAGUCGGAGCAAGGCUUUCCCCUGCCGCCUUCCCCUGGCGCCAUGGAGGAAAUGAAUAGAGACUUGCCACUAACCCCCCCGCACCAAAGAGAGUUCCAGAGCCUGCCCCACAUGGCUGCAGCGUUCUAUGAUGACAAGGACAACAAACCUCGCAACAGAGCAUCUAAGAGCAUGGACUUGGUGGCUGAUGAGAGCAACAUGGGUUCACUGGUCGGGCAGAGGAAUGAGCCUUCGGCCGGCGGAGCUCUUGGCCCGACCCUGGGCCUCUGGAAGUCCAGCUCCCUGGAGAGCCUCCAGACGGCCGUGUCUGAGGCCAAGCAGAGCCGCGUAAAAGCCCAAGUGCCCUUUCACCGCCCGCGACCGCACAUGGUCCGGGGGCGGGGAUGCAACCAGAGUUUCCGCAUCGCAAUCGACAAGUCCUACGACGGACCCUCUGAGGAUGACGACGACAUGUCAGAGCAGAGCUCCGGCCACGAAACGCCCGUCAGCAGCUCCUCGCGCCAGGGCCUGGACGCAGAGGACGGGAAGAAGAAGAAGAAAAACAAAGGGAAGAAGAAAGAGAAAAAGACCAAAGGGAAGAAGAAAGCAGAUGAUUCUGUGGAGGAUCCGGAGAAGAAGACCAAAAAGAAAGGAUUUGGCCUCUUAAGGUUUGGUAAAAAGAAAGAUGACAAGAGUAAAGAGGCUGCCAAAGCCUCCAAAAGCAAACUGGAGGCCUUAAGUGAAGAGGAGCUGGACAGGAUCCCUGACAACAGAGACGGACACGAUCCAUAUUAUGCCGAAAUCAACUCGGGCCACGCCACCCCUGACCAGGCCUCCCUCCCCGACGUGGAAGACGACGAUAACGACCCCAACUACGCCCGCAUCAACAACUUCCGCCAGCCACCUUCGCCCCAGACGUUCAUCAGUCGCACGCCCUCCCCUGCAGCCCCUGCAGCAGGGUCCAACCAGCCGCAGACCUACUCGGAUGAGCUGGACGGGCUCUAUGCCAAGGUCAACAAGUCCAGACCCCCGCCUGCUCUACAGACCCAGCAUCAGAUACAGGCAGACAGUGAUCAGCGUCUCCAGGGGUUGCGCAGGGAGCACCAGCAGGCCCGAGUCGCUCCGGUCUACGAGGAACUCGACACCGCACGACGAAGAGUCCUGGAGCACGACCCAAACCGGAUGACGCCCAGAGACUCGCGACCCGUGCCCCGCUACGAAGACAAGGAGCGACAGUACCCCACACAGCCCAGGAGGGAUCCUUAUGAUUACCCCACCCAAUCCAGACAUGUGCUGAGAGAGCCAGCCCCCCACCCAGGCCACUACUAUGACCCUCCAGUCUCCAGCCGCAUGCCGCUCCCUCAGGCAGGUGCACAGUCCCAUCAGGCGCCCAGCAACCAGCGCUACCACCCAUCUUCUCCCCAUGUAGGACAGCAGCACCGUGCACCGAUGAGGCAGGACGUUCCCCCCUCGCCCACGGCAGGUCGCAGAGGGCGGCAGUACUAUGAAGCCGCUGGGGGGCGGGUGGACGCCUAUCGGCAGGCCAGCCCCGGCCGCUACACCAGCCCAGAGAGGCGCCCGGCCACCAGGGAGCGCUACGCCAGCCCCGAGCGCUACGACUACGGAGAUGAAAGACAGCCUGACCCAAGACGGAAGAACCCCAUGAUAGGUGCGGUGUAAAGCGGCUUUCUCAAGUAACAGACUCCUCUCACCUGACCCCUGAAAGUGUGGUGAAGUUGAGUCAGUCGUCCAAAGGAUAUAAAUAACUUUAAGUGCAUGUGUUUCCAGAUUUGUGAAACAUAAUAUCAGCAGUCUCCCAGGCUGCCGGUGUGGAUGAGUGAGAUUUUACUCUAUUAAUUUAUCUGAUCAGGAAACCUGAAAGCAAUAAGUGACAAGCUGAGAGGCUAAAAUAAGGCUUAUUUUCAGAACCAUCUGGUCAUAACUGUCUGCACAGGCCAAGACAGAUUUAACAAGCUUUGAGGACUCUAUAUAUGUGUGCGUGUGUGUGUGCGUGUGUGUGUGUGUGUGUGUGUGUGUGUACAUACAGUAUACAUAGAUAUCUGCAGUGUGCCAAUGUUUAUAAAACCAGAAUAUAAUUUUGACAUAGAUGUUUUAUGAUGUAGAAUUGAAAUUGAGGACAAUUAAAUUAAGUACAUAGGUAUAUAGAGAGUAAACUCGGUGUUUCUAUAGAAUCAACUCUUAUUAGGAAAUGAACUCAGUGCUGACUUGUUUUUUUUGCACGAGCUGAAGGGAAAUAAAGAGGGAUCACCUUGACCAGCCAAACCGCUGUAUCAGACGACACACAGGAAGCUGCAGUCGACAAACAGGAAGAAGGAAGUAACCCCUUCAAAGUAUCUUCUUGUCCUUGAUGUCUUGUCGGCCUGACUUCCUCUACAUCCUGCUAACGCCUUUUGUUUUGUUUUUUUAAUCGUGUUUUUGUCUUCGGUGAUUUGAAUGUGGACACGUCUGUCAGAUUUAUUGUACAUUGGUUAAACGUAUAAAUGAAAUGAGUGAUUUAUUUCUGACAUUUUUGCGCUUUUCUAAUAAAAUGUAUACGUCUUGAUCCACACACGAGCAACAGACUAGAGAAGUUAGCCAUGUGCAGUGAAUUAAAGAAACCCUGAUUAAACAUCUUGCUGAACUUCACUGCACUGAAAACUGAAAUGUGUGCUGUCAAAUUAAAUGUUUUUUUUAAAAAUGCAAAUAUUUUGCAUUAAAUAUUUUGAACCUCUCUC